AAUCCCCUUCAGUAAUGUAGCUUAUAAUUUGUUUGCAUUGUAUGUCUAUGGCUGACCUGUACUUCAUCUUCAUUAAGCUCCAAUAAUGUCCUAACGUCUUAAUAUUGGCUUGAUCGGUUAGGAUAUCUUAAAUCCACCAAGAAAAGUUCGGGGCGAUAUAAUGAUGCCCAUAUAGCAAUGGUUAGCGUGGUUAGCCAUUUUAGAACAAUGUAUUAAUAUUCGGGGCGUGAGUAAUAGACAACACGGAAAUAGAAUAUCCGGAUAUUACAACUCAAACAAAUGAAAAUGCAUCCUUAUUUUGGAGAACCCGGACUAACUUAAUAUUUAAAUCGUCACUGAGGGAAAAGAGACAUAGUUCAAUACACACCAACAGAUACAGAUACACAAACUUUCAACCGUCAAAUCAAAAUUUCAGAUGAAUUCGUCUCAAAGCGUUACGUAUUCUCUUGAAGAAGAGGAUUACGACGAAUUCAAGAAAAAUGCAAUACCUAGCAUGGCUUAUCUGAUAGUUUGUUGUAUCGUCGGGACGGUUGGUAAUACACACGUGUUUCUGGUGUAUUUGCUGCGAUUCAAAACAAGCGUACAUCAAAUAUUUGUUUUGUGUUUAGCUGGCGUAGAUUUCGUUGGAUGUACCUUUUGUAUCCCAGCAACACUAUACUUCAUCAGACAUCCAAAAACAAUAAAUCUUUGCCGUACUGCAAGGUGUACCGCGCCAUCAUGUACUCGGUAGGAACAUACUCUUUGUUGAUUCUGGCCUGGAUAGCUGUUGAACGUUAUCGGCAGGUAUGUCACGCCACUCGUCACCAAUUCACUACACGGAUAACACGUAUUGUGUGUGCAGUUACCUUUGUUUUUAUAUUAGUCAUGGUUGUAAUUCCUGUGACUAUUAUUUACGGCAUCAACCGGAAAACAACUCAGGCGCAUUCGUUGCUUGGCUUUGAGUGUGAUGUGUUAGAUCAUUUCAAGGGUUCAACGCUUACGAAAACAUACAUGGGAUCUGUUUUCACCAUUUACGUUUCCGUUGUAAUCAUAUCAGCUGUGAUGUAUAUUUUGAUCAGGAAGAAGAUAUAUGCUCAUCAGAACAAUCUCAGAAAUAAUGGUAUUGCUAUAUCAGCAAUAACAACGUUCUGCGGGCAGGAAUCUAAUCAAACAGGAAGCAAAUCAAUUUUCCCCAAAAAUGGCCGCAAUCAAGACAACAGAUCUCAGGAGAAUGACAUGUCCGGUGACAUUGAGACCUCGGCCACGGCGGCAAGUUGUGUUUCUGAUGUUGAUGUUCUUCGAGAGCUUCGAGAGAGUUGUGUGAUGCCGACAGUUCCACAAGACACUGUCAUGAAGGGCAAUGACACCAAAAUUCGUCAUAGUAACCAACAACAACAAUCGAGAGUUACAGGAAUUAACCAUAUUAACACACUAACACGUAAUGACCAUAAGAGACAAAGGCAACUGGACAGAAGCAGGACUAUUACUUUGGUUUUCCUUGUCGUUUCGAUAAUAUCUUUUGGAGUUUAUCUCCCCUACCUCGUUCUUACUCUGUUCUGGCAUUUCAAUUCAUCACUAUACAAUAAUUUUGUGAACAAUUAUGGAUCCCUGGAGAACAUCAUUUGUAAUUUAUUUUUCCUUAACAACGUCAUCAAUCCCUUCAUAUAUGGUUUUAUGGACAAAAAAUUGCGAACCGAACUUUCAAAGAUCUACGUUAACAUGAAGCAUUACUGUGAUGUUCUUUUUAUACAUAGCCAGUAGUCAUAGCUUAAGGAUCCAUGUACCACUGCCAAAAGCUGUAGCUACAUAUAGGCAACUAUUUAUCUGGCAUGAUUAUAGCAUUGAUAAGUCAUUUGGGCAAAGAAAGCCAUCCCUUGCAGAAUUUUCUAUGAAAAAUAAUAAUGAUAACUUCAGCAAAAACUAAUAAGGAAUGUAAACUAAUCAGCAGAAGUAUUUUGGUCCAGCUGUGCUGCUGUUUUAUUUUCGAAACGAAAUAAAGGGGAAGCUGUAUACUGGUAUGAGAAAACCCAUAGUGUAAUGGGACUGGGAUGCUUAAAAGCAAAAAAAUAAAUUUGAUGAUUUCGUCAAUGGAUGUUACGAAUUUUUAUGGAAGAGGAAGUUACGAUGAAGUAAGGAAAACAUGGAUUCCAAAAGCGCUUAUGCUGUAUUGAUCAGUCGUAUUUUUCAUAGAUGUGCUUUUAGUAGUCCAGCGAUAUAGUUCAAGUUCAAGUUCUUUAUUAAUUUAAGUCGGUUGACUUAUCAGUCAUAACAUAUAUACAAAACAAUACA